AUGUCUUGUCACAAGUGGGCGUGUGUAGCUUACAUGUGUGUGUGUUUAAAGUUCAACAGAGAGACCAGACUUCAGAGUAUAUAAUCUCACGCGCUUCUAACUUUUACAAACUCAAACUAACGGAAACGCGCGGAGGAGAAACACGCAUCAGAGUGCGGGAGUGCUGGAGUGCGGAAUAUCAGGAUCCAGGAUGUCAGUCAGAGAUGGUUCAGCCGUCGGCCGCUUCCACGGCGCUGCCGCAAGCAAUGGCCAAGCAAUCCCUGAGAAGGAGGUGGUUACUAGAGAAACGAGGCAGGAGGGAGGCUGUCAUCGCUGGUUACGGAAAGCUUACCCCUGUUGCUAUCGCCGACAGAGCAGCUCCUAUGAUGUUACAAAUGAACUGGACACAGUGGUCAAGGAUGAAGAGAAAGUGACAUCCCCCAAGCCUCCUCAACCUCACACAGGAGACAACGAGCUGGAGGAGCUGUCUCUGGUUGUACACUCCGUAGACCUGCUCAGCUCAAAGACUGGCCAGAAUCGUAAGGAGCACCACACCGAGCAGUACUACGGCAACGAGCUCAUCAUCCGCCGAGGCCAGACCUUUCAGAUUAUGCUCGACCUCUCCCGCCCUUUCAAUAUUAACACAGACAAGCUGCAUCUGGAGCUGAAGACAGGCCCGCUGCCUCUGGUGUCGAAGGGCACGCACAUCAUCAUUCCGCUUGUGGAGGAGCUGCAGGACCUGUGCUGGGAAGCCAAGGUUGUGGAGCAGAAUGCCAGUCACGUCAAGCUGUCAAUCAACUCACCCCCCAAUGCUGUCAUUGGAAAAUACAAGCUCACAGUCGGCACUGGGAGUACAGAAAGCGAGUCUGUUAAUAUACAUGACCCCGAGAAAGACGUCUACAUACUCUUUAACCCCUGGUGUGAAGGGGACACAGUAUAUAUGGAUGAAGUUGCUGAGAGAAAGGAGUAUGUGUUGAAUGACACUGGGAAAAUUUACUACGGCACUGAGAGGCAGAUCGGCGCUCGCACGUGGAACUUUGGACAGUUUCAGGAAGGGAUUCUGGAGGCCUGUUUGUAUGUGCUGGAGAAGAGCGAAAUUCUUCCAUCAGGUCGUGGAGAUCCAGUGAAUGUUGUGCGAGUCAUAUCCGCUAUGAUCAAUUCCCCGGAUGACCGUGGAGUUCUGGAAGGAAACUGGUCGGGGAACUAUCUGGGCGGGACACCUCCUACAGCAUGGAGCGGCAGCGUGGACAUUCUCAAGAAGUAUCACAACGAAGAUGGAUCUCCUGUCAAAUACGGCCAGUGCUGGGUCUUCUCCGGGGUCACCACCACAGUUCUGAGGUGUCUUGGUAUCCCAACUCGGAGCGUAACAAAUUUCCAGUCUGCCCACGACACUGAUGUCUCCUUGACCACUGAUGUGUAUUUUGAUGAGAAUAUGGAGCCAGUUAACAAACUCAACUAUGAUUCUGUGUGGAACUUCCACGUGUGGAACGACUGCUGGAUGGCUCGUCCUGAUUUGCCGCCCGGUAUGGGUGGCUGGCAGGCUGUUGACUCGACGCCCCAGGAAACCAGUCAGGGGACGUUCCGCUGUGGCCCCGCCUCCGUCGCGGCCAUCCGCAUGGGCCAGGUCUACUUGAAGCACGACACACCUUUUGUCUUUGCUGAGGUGAACAGCGAUAAGAUCUACUGGCAGAGGAAGCCGGAUGGCAGUUUCUCUAAGAUUCACAUAGAGAAGAAUGCCGUAGGACACUGCAUUAGCACCAAGGCUGUUGGCUCUGACCAGCGCAAUGACAUCACACACCUGUACAAACAUCCUGAAGGCUCUGAAGAAGAGCGUAUCGCUGUGGAGACUGCCUGUCGCUAUGGCACCAAGCCAGACGUGUACGCAUCAUCAGCGAUUGAUGACGUGUCUAUGGAGGUGCGGGUGGAAGGUGAGGGGCCAUGCAUGGGCGCAGAUGCCCACCUCAAGAUCGUUUUGAAGAACCAGAGUGGGCAGCCACGCAAGACCACGCUGCACAGCCAGGUGGCCGUGAUGUACUACACGGGUGUGGUGAAGGACACGGUGAAGACCGAGAAAAUUCCUGUGCAUCUCAUGGCAAAUGAAGAAAAAGUUAUAGACUGGGUGCUGCCCUACCAUGAUUAUCAGGACCAGCUGGUGGACCAGGCGGCGCUGAUGCUCACUCUGUCUGGUCGAGUUAAUGAAACCAUGCAGGUGCUGGCUUCUCAGACCAGCUUCAGGCUGCGCACUCCAGACAUCCACAUUGAGCCUCUCGGAGAGACCUACGUAGGGAAGGAGGCCACGGCCAAGCUGACUUUCACCAACCCGUUACCGUGCACCCUGCGCAGUGUAGUACUGCGAGUGGAAGGUCUCGGACUUAGGAACCUCCAUCCCAUCAAAGUGGGCGAUGUGAGUAAGCAUGCUACGGUGACGGUGACGGAGCACUUCAUCCCCUCUGUCGCCGGGACGAAGAAGCUGGUGGCUUCACUGGACUGUAAACAGCUCUCGCAGGUGCACGGCGUCGCCGACAUCAUCGUAAACGAGUGACAGUGAACACACCAUCGUCAGUGUACAAUCUUCUUCGUACACUUAAAAAAAAACAUACUGUAGUGUCCAUAUGAGUGUGAAUGCUCACCUGUAUUGCUUGCAAAGAACAGAUCUGAAUUCUUUAUAAACAUGAGCCUAAUACUUCUUCAGAUCUCAGAUCUGUUUGUAUUGUUUCCUUUAGUUUCAGUUACUGAGCCAUAUUAGACUAGUAAUACUGAGGCUGUGCUGCUGCUGAACAUAGAAUUAAUUUCAGAUGAAUAAUCUGACCUCUGAUCUCUGAUUAUUAUGAAGAAUUUUUAGAAUUUUAUUAUUUUUUUAACAUGCAUGCUUAAAACAAUUUAAAUGGCUACACUGUAACACAUUAUUAUGGUUUUAUACUAUAACAUAUGAAUAAUUUGCAUAUUUAAUAUCAACAGUCUUUAUACAGUAUAUAUAUAUAUCCCUUCUCUGUAUUAAAAACUGUUCAUGAGAAAACCAGUAUUAAUAUGAUCUGUAUUCAUUAAGACUAGUUAAUUAAGACUAGACCUAACAGCUGCAUAUUUAUUUAAACCUUCCAUUAUAGAUAAAUCCUAUUAAUGUAGCUCUUGCAUUAUUUAUCAUGCACUUUUUUUCAAACACAUGUUGUAUUUUAUUGUUAUUAAAUUGACUUAUACUA